UUGACAUGAAACUGUGAAUUGUUUGCUGCUCAAACAGAGUUGACCUGGAGCCAGCAGUCAACCCCCCCACAAACACCCACACCCAUCUACAUCAGCAUGACAAAACAUUGGGGGGGUCCGGGCGUCUUCAGUGCACGAGCAGCAGCGCAGCUCCACCAUCACCUUGAUCUGAGCGCGCCCAGAGGUUUCUCUUCCCAACCCGGCUGCCAUUCAUCCACCAACCCGCUGCUGCUGGAGUUUGGUGCCCGGCUGCUGGAGAAGCCCACCAUCACGACCUCCAUGGCGCAGGACUCGUGUUAUACAUCUAAAACGUCGGAUCAAAGCGCAUGGGAACUUCAAGAUGGGAAUGUAAGUGGAGGAAAGAAGAAGAACUAUCAACGUUAUCCCAAACCUCCUUAUUCAUACCUGGCCAUGAUCGCCAUGGUCAUCCAGAACUCACCGGAGAAGAGACUCACAUUAGCAGAGAUUCUAAAGGAGAUCAGUGCAUUGUUUCCUUUCUUCAAGGGAAAUUACAAAGGCUGGAAGGACUCGGUGCGACACAAUCUCUCCUCGUAUGACUGCUUUGUCAAGGUGCUAAAAGAUCCCGGUAAACCCCAAGGUAAAGGUAACUUUUGGACCGUCGAAGUGAGCAGAAUUCCCCUGGAACUACUAAAAAGGCAAAACACAGCAGUGUCCCGGCAGGAUGAAACUAUCUUCGCUCAAGAUCUGGCGCCGUACAUCUUUCAAGGUUACUCUCAGGGCAGUAAGUCCACACCGGUGCCUGCUAACGCUAAUUUGGUCCCCGUUCCCACCCGCCACAGCCCGUCCCCAUCAGAGGACCCCUGUCGUCCCAAACUGGAUUCCAAGUUUGCUAUCGAUUCCCUCUUGCAUAGCCUCCAACCAGUCAGUUCUGCUGGAGAGGGGCAAAGACAGAGGGACAGUUGGGGGCUUGAGGCUCCACUGCACAUUUGUUCUACCUCUCCUACGCAUCCUCCGAACACCGUAUACAAUUGUAGUUCAUCAGCUAGUUCAGCCAGUCCUGCAUCCGAUUUGUCAGAUGAGGAUUGGAGAAGGGUGACGCGUGUUGGGAAAAGAUCAAGUGACCGAGAAUCAACGUCAGAUGGAUACGACUCCUGCCCGUUAAAUAAAAACGCCAAACGUGGCACCACCCCACCAUGGGAGCUUCCGACGUCGUACGCGAAAUACACACCCCCUAACGCGGUAGCCCCCCCGAGCAUGCGUUUUAACGGAAACCCGUUUAUGCCCCUUGGCGGUCUUCCAUUCUACAGUUACGGCGGUGCACACAUGACCACCAAUCACCUGAUCACGGCGGUCGGGCACACGUACUGGCCCAUUAUUCCAAGCGGGCCAGUUUCCAUACAAGCUCCGCCCCUCCUCAUGGACUUAGACAGCAUGCUGCAAUCCGUUCCUCCCAAUAAAAGUGUGUUUGAUGCGCUUGGUUCCACCAAUCAGACUGCUCAUGGACCUCCAAACCAGUACGCCCUUCAGAACGGACCUUCGCUUUGUAAAUACUCUCUUUAA